UUUUAUUGGUACUCAGGACAAUGGCGCAAGAAAUACGUAGGCAGACUGAGAUCAGACCUAUAGGGAUCGAUAUGGGAAUAUCGUAUUCAGCAUCGGGAUCGAGUUAUAUUACCCUAGGAGACACUAUGGUAAAGGCUUGUGUCAAUGUGCCUAGACCAUGUGGAAAGCGGCUACUACAGGAAGUCGGCAUACUGUCCAUUGAAGUGCGAUACAGCAAACCGCAUAUACCAAGCUCAAGCGACGCUGACUUGAGGCAUGUAUUAACUGAGUUGUUCGAGAGGCACGUUAUACUAUCUCGGUACCCGCGGCAGUUGAUAGAAGCCUGGGUUACCAUAGAAGAGGAUGCCGGUGGCCUCUUCGGGGCGUGCGUAACAGCACUGAGCCUCGCCUUCGCUGACUGUGGGAUACAAAUGUUAGACAUAUUGGCUGCAACUUCCGUGUUUGCUUACGAGCUGGAUGGUAUACUGACAGUCGCCGUCGACCUUUCAUCGGAGCAAGUGGCGGCUUACAAGACCAAGGACCCCGGGAUAACGCAACUACACCUUGCACAUUGCCCUAAUCUAGACGUAGUGGCGUAUUUAAUGCAAACUGGACAACACAGCGACGAAGCCGUGAUUCAACAGAUGCUAACACUGGCACGUGCAGGGUGUAACCUGGUAUUUAAUGAAAUAAAGGCCGCCGCGAAAGGGUAUACCGAGUGGCUGUCUGAACAGGCCGCGCAAGAUAACACCCCGGGGUAAUCCAACACCUAAGGGCACCAUAUACCCCAAAGGUAUCUAAAAACC